UGUCUGUUACUGUCUGGGUAGACUGCUGUCUCUCGGUCAUCAAGACUGACCUGAUUUGAACCGUCGUUCUCCCCAACCCAGUGAUACCGUAGACUUUACAAUACAUCAUCAGUAGACCUGCGAUGGCACUGCUUCCACAAGUGGAGACAGAACACUUUGACGGGCUAUCACUCCUCUACUGGACAAUAAUGGGGCCCCAUGGCAUCAACCGUGCUGUGGAGAGAAUAGAGUUUACAGACUGUAAAAAAGGACUUGGCGUGAAGAUUAUUGGUGGCUACAGGGAGCAGAGCGGUGAAGAGUUCGGUAUUUUCAUUAAACGAAUUUUGCCAGGUGGUAUGGCGGCACAGGACGGGCGUCUUAGAGCUGGGGACCUCAUUUUAGAUGUCAACAACAUGAAUUUAGGAGGUGUUACAAAUGAAAAGGCAGUGGAGGUUCUUCGCAUGGCAUCAGCUUCAAAUCACAUGUCUUUACUGAUAGUACGUGAUGACUCUUCCAGGAGGGAAUUUGCUGAGUUAAUGGAAAAAUAUGGCUCCAGCAGUAGUACCAGUUCUGGAUCAGACAUCUCUAUUUCCACAGGAAAGAUCACAGACACUGCCUCCUCCUCCUCAUCUUCCAGAUCAACCAGUCCUUUGCUUCUAAGCCCUAAAGAUCCAAACCCAGUAUACACCACUGCCUGCAUUACCUCCCCACCUCCACAAGUCUGCACAGACUGUAUGAUUCAGUUGAUAUGUGUUGCCAAAGGGACUGGAUUAGGCUUGGUCAUCAGGGGUGGAGCUAACCGUGCAGAGGGGCCAAUGGUGUACGUUCAGGAAAUAAUACAAGGAGGUGAUUGCCAAAAGGAUGGGAGACUAAAGGCUGGGGACCAGCUCAUAUCCAUCAAUAAGGAGUCACUCAUUGGAGUAACACAUGAAGAAGCCAAAAUCAUACUUACUCGAACAAAACUCAGACCAGACCCCACAGUAGAAAUAGCAUUUAUCAGACGAAGGUCUUCGUCAGGCUCCAGCAGUGGACCCCACAGCCCCAUCUCCCUUCAGCCUCCCUGCAGUUCAGGCCACCAACUUAGGCCCGCAGGGUUGGGGGGAUCAACUCUGCCUGGAGGUCUCGUUCCUAAAAUAGCCAACAGCCCCAACUCCGGAAGUGAGACAUUGCCUUCUGUAGAACUUACUAAGGUACGACCAGCAACAGCAAAGCCUAAUCUCACCCCCGUGUCCUCACCUGAGAGUGCCUGCACCACAGUGGCCAACUCUGAUGCAACCGCUGCCUGUAAUCCCAGCAAUACCUGCAGACCCUCGAAACCUCUAUCUUCGACUCCCAGCUUGGAACUCAAGCCCGAGAAAACAGAGCAGGCACUGGAGGUGCAGGGAUUGAAGCCUACUGAGUCUCAGGUCCUGACUCUGAGAGAAAGGCUGCGUUUGAGCCCAGGAGGGACUGUGGCUUAUGGAGAUUUUGACAGAGUGACAAAGGAACUCUUCAAACUACCAGCCAAAUCUGACUCAGAACAGGAAGUAGCAAGAUUGACAUCAGAUGAUCUCACUGAGUCUCCAUCAAACCCUACGCCUUCACUAUCAGACUCUGACGAUCUGGAUGAGAUGGAGCGACUAAGAAAAGACCACAUUGAGGCCUUGAGAGAGCUCAAGAGAAUGCAGGAUAAGCUGGCAGAAUCCGAGAGCCUUAAUCAUAAGAUGCUGCAGGAACUGACAAAAGUUAAACAGGAAGUAAAAUCUGCAAUGGAGGAGAGUCGAUCCCUGCGGACCCGGAUCCAUCUGGCAGAGGCAGCUCAGAAGCAGGCCCGGGGAAUGGAGAUGGACUAUGAGGAGGUUAUCCAUCUCCUGGAGGCCGAGAUAGCUGAAAUGAAGUCUCAGAACACUGAGCAACCCGGUCGUGGAAAGGAUGAUCUGCAAGACAUUAAAAAAAGGAUUUCUGCACUCGAAUGCCAGCUACGGAAGAGUGAAACUGCAAAGAAGGGUUUUGAAGUCUCCACUGGUAAACUUCUACAGUUUGUGGAGGCUGUCCAAGGCUUUUUGUCUGAAAACCAAAGCGGUUCAAGAGGCUAUAGUUCUCCCAGCGAUCCAAAGUUGGCCAAUCUGUCUCAGACCUUGCCAUCUCGAGGUGGGAAGAAACCACCCUGGACAGCAUCUGGUCUUGCAGUGGAAGCUAAAGAACUAACUAAUACGAUCAGAGGCAUUCUCGAGCUAGACUGUUUACCUUUUGGCUGGGAUGAGGCGUACACUGCUGAUGGAGUGAAGUACUAUGUAAAUCAUGUGACUCAGACAACAUCAUGGACUCAUCCUGUCAUUAGAUCUUUGGGUCUGUCAGAACCAGAAGCAAGUGACCAAACCCUGAACUCUCCAGGAUCCACAGCCUAGACUAAAUCUGAAGACUGUCAAUCUUCUGCCACUUUCUGCCCAACUGUUCGGUUACAAAAAAUGAAAAGCAACACAGCAGCAUAUAAACAUUAAGUGAUAUGUGCAUUAUAAAAAAGACAAUCAGAAAAAAAAAAAAAAUCAUCUCAUUUGUUAAAUGAAAAUCUAUACACUCUCAGGAAAAGGUACUAAAGUGUCACUGGGUUGGUAACCUUUCAAUAGUACUAAUGUACACUUAACGAUAUGUACCUUUAUGGUACCAAUAUGCACUAUUAAAGUACUAAUUAUGUACCUUAAGGCAUAAAUGGAAAAAUUUGAAAUUAAUAGGGGUAAGUAAGAUACAAUUAUGUACAUUUUAGCUUUCGUACCUAAGGGUACCUACCGCCCCAGUGACAACUUUUCUUUUCUUAAUUUUUUUCUGAGAGUGUGCACCUGAUAUUGAAAUAUGCAGCUAAUAUAUUCAAAAUACUCCAGCUAUUUGAUGGGUGGGUUAAUAUCUCACAUUUGAGUUUCCCCCAUUUUUGUUUUUCGGACAUUUUAGUUAUUUCCCCUCAUGUUGUACACUAAUAUCUUGUUAUUUUGUACCUUGAGAAAAACAAUGGACAGGCCCAAUCUGUUUUCCGACUUUCAGGAAAAGUCAAAAAGAAUUGCACUUGUUUGAAGUCAAAGGACGUGGCCUCUUUAGUGAAGCAGGAAAUUUUGGAAGAGUAAAUCAGGAUGGACUUCUUCUGUGAUGUUCAUUCAGUUUGGCUUGUUUUUGUUGCCACUUUGAUCCGUUUUCUGAAACUUUUGCUCAUAGAUUUGUUGAAACAGGAAUUUGUUUACUUUUUCAAACUUCUUUGAACCAGCUCUAAGCUGUGAGAGUGAAACACUUCUUCAGUUCACUAUAAUGUAAUUGUUCUCCAUAAAGGCACAUUUUUAAUUCUGCUGUUAUCCUUAGUGGACGUUCUAGCCAUUAUGCAUAACUGUGAAAGUGUCUUCUCUUGCAUGUGCAAUUAGUUCUGCGCUUCUAGUAGAAAUGUGAGUUUAACAUACCCUAAGCCUUAUGUGUAUAAUAUCUUGGAAGAUGACAUUUGCUUUGUUGUGAAUUCACUCUGCCUAACAACAUAAAGUUAGCCUGAGAGACCUAGUACAU